AUGGUGCCCCCAGGAAAGAAGCCAGCUGGAGAGGCCUCCAACUCCAACAAGAAAUGCAAACGUUACUUCAAUGAGCACUGGAAGAAAGAGUUCCCUUGGCUGGACUUUGACUAUGAGCAGAAGCUGAUGUUCUGUCUGGAGUGCCGCCAGGCCCUGGUACGGAACAAGCAUGGCAAAGCAGAGAAUGCCUUCACCGUGGGCACUGACAACUUCCAGCGCCAUGCCUUGCUGCGCCACGUCACCUCGGGAGCCCACCGCCAGGCCCUGGCUGUCAACCAGGGUCAGCCCACUUUUGAGGUCCCAGCUGAGGAUGGAGGGGCCUACUCCAGUUUGGCCACCGCCCCCACCUCCAGGAACGUCAAGGCGGAAGUCGAUCCAGCCAAAGUGGCUGUGCUGACAACUGUGUACUGCAUGGCCAAAGAGGAUGUGCCCAACAACCGCUGCUUGUCCCUGCUGGAGCUGCAGAGAUUCAACCUGUGCCAGGCACUGCUGGGCACAGAGCAUGGCGAUUACUACAGCCCCAAGAGGGUGAGGGACAUGCAGGUGGCCAUUGCCAGUGUCUUACACACAGAGGCCUGCCAGCGCCUGAAAGCAUCCCCAUAUGUGGGGCUGGUAUUAGACGAGGCCAGGGACUGGCCUGAAACCCACAGAUUGGCCCUGUUCGCCACUUCCGUGUCCCCCUGUGAUGGCCAGCCUGCUACCACCUUCUUGGGCACUGUGGAGCUGCAGGAGGGUGAGGCUACUGCUGGACAACUCCUGGACAUCCUAAAAGCCUUUGGUAUAUCUGCCUCCAAGCUGGCUUGGCUCAGCUCCAGCCUCCCCAGUGACCGCCUGGAGAGCAUCAGCCAGCAGCUCCGGGCCAUCUGUCCAUUGCUCACAGAGCUUCACUGUCUUUCUGGCCAGACAGAUCCAGAGCCCCCUGCCUACCUGGGUGAAUAUGAGAGCAUCCUGGAUGCCCUCUUCCGCCUGCAUGGUGGCCCCAGUUCCCAUAUGGUACCCAAGCUCCGAGCAGCACUGGACAGCGCGGCUGUGGACUUGGCAGGGCCCUGGCCAGUACCCUGGGCUUCCUUGUUGCCUGUCGUGGAAGCAGUAGCUGAAGCCUGGCCCUGCUUGGUACCUUCCCUAGAGGCUGUUGCUCCAGCCUCGCCCACAACUGGGGCGCUGGCCUUGGCCCUGCGCCAGUUCACCUUCGUAGCCUUCACGCACUUGCUGCUGGACGCUCUGCCCUCGGUGCAGAAACUUACCCUGAUGUUGCAGUCUGAAGAGCCAGACCUGGCCUUGCUACAGCCCCUGGUGAUGGCGGCCACGGCUUCCAUCCAAGGUCAGCAUGGCUCAGGAGGUGCCCACCUCCAGCGCCUGCUGCUAGCACUGGCAUCCUCCAGCCCCGAAGGAGAAGGCCAGCGUUGUACCUACCGUGGCGUGGAGCUGGUGGGUUACUCUGCAGCUGCACUCCGGGGCUUGGAGAGGCUCCGGGGGGAUCUCCUGGACUCCAUGCAGAAGGGACUGCAGGAUUCCUACCCUGGGCCCUCUCUGGAUUAUGUGGCUGCCUUUGCAGCCAUCUUCGAUCCCCGCCACUACCCACAGGUGCCUGAGGAGCUGGACAUGCAUGGCAAGGGGUCGCUGCAGAUACUGCUGUGGGGCUUUGGGCCAGCCCUGGUGUCCCCACGCGUGCUGGGUGACUUUGCACUCUUCAAGCGUGUGGUGUCCAGCCUGGGGCAGCUCAGCCCUCGAGCACUGUGCACCAAGCUGGCAUGCAGGCACUCUGAGCUGUAUGAGCUCUUCCCAGACCUCGCCGCCCUCGCUGCCCUGGCCUUGACACUGCCAGUGGGUGCUGGGCUGAUGGACAAGGUGGGCCGUAGCCAUGAGCUGCGGUGGUGGGGACAGAGCGGGGCUGGGGACAGUCGGGGUGACCACAUAGUGAAGAUCGCUGUGGAUGGGCCCCCUCUGCACGAGUUUGACUUUAUGCUGGCAGUGGAGUUCUUAGAGACAGGCCCUGCCUCCAGCUCCCCCAGUCCCCUGCUGGCCUCUCUGCCCCUGCCCACUCGGCCUCUGCAGCCCCCGCUGGACUUCAAGCACUUGCUGGCCUUCCACUUCAAUGGCACCACCCCGCUCAGUCUCUUCCCCAACUUCAGCACGAUGGACCCAGUCCAGAAAGCUGUCAUCAGCCACACAUUUGGGGUUCCCUCCCCUCUGAAGAAGAAGCUCUUCAUCUCCUGUAACAUCUGUCACCUGAGGUUCAACUCAGCGAACCAGGCUGAAGCACAUUAUAAAGGCCACAAGCAUGCCAGGAAACUCAAGGCUGUUGAAGCUGCCAAGAACAAGCAGAGGCUGCAAACAUUGGCCCGGGAUGAGGUGGUGGUCUCCCCAGUCCCAAGUCUGGCCAGUGGAGCCCCUGGAGAGUCGCAGAGCAAAGGUCCGGCUGCCUGUCCCCUCGGCCCUCCACUCCAGCUAUCACUGACCCCAGACCCACCAGCCACGGAGCCAUCCCACCAGGACCUCUUGGAUGCUACCUCCUCUUCCACCUCCUCCUCCUGCCCUCCUCGCUCCCCAGAGCCAGGCAGGGAGGCACCAGGGCCUGAGCCUCCAGCUGUGGCUGUGGGCAGUGGAGUGGGAGGGGAAGGCAGGAGCGAGAAGGGGCGCCUCUACUGCCCCACAUGUAAGGUGACCGUGAACUCAGCCUCCCAGUUGCAGGCUCAUAACACAGGAGCCAAACACCGGUGGAUGAUGGGAGGUCAAGGAGGGGCUCCCCGGAGGGGCCGAGGCCGCACAGUGUCCCGAGGUGGACCUGGACACAAGACCAAGAGAGUGACUGGGGGCCGGGCCCCCCGCCAAGGGCCUACCCCGCCUUUCCACUGUGCUCUCUGUCAGCUCCAGGUCAAUUCAGAGACCCAGCUCAAGCAGCACAUGAGCAGCCGGAGGCACAAAGACCGCCUGGCAGGGAAGCUUCCCAAGCCCCCCAGCCAGCACAGCAAGCUACAGAAGCACGCAGCUCUAGCUGUCAGCGUCCUCAAGUCUAAACUGGCCUUGCAGAAACAGCUCACCAAGACGCUGGCAGCCCGUUUCCUGCCCAGCCCACUGCCCACCACAGCCGCUGCCAUCUGUGCCCUGCCAGGGCCCCUGGCUCUGCGGCCUGCACCCACAGCUGCAGCUACCCUCUUCCCAACUCCCAUCCUGGGUCCAGCUCUGUUUCGCACCCCAGCAGGAACAGUCCGCCCUGCCACAGGACCCAUCCUCUUUGCCCCCUACUAGCCCUCCUGGAGAGGCUAGGGCAGAUUUCCUGACAGCUACUAUCUUCCUCUGCUCCCCCAGACACCUGUUCUCUGUACCCCACAGGGACUGCCUUCUGCACAUUAAGGGGAUCCUGUUCAGUAUAGGGCAGCUGCCCUUCACUCUGUCUGGACUGGGGAUCCAGCCAGCUCACUCGGUC